AUGGAGUCACUACCGGUGGUGACUACCACAGUUCCUAAAGCCACACCAAUCAAGGAACCCGUGGUGAAACCCUACGGACCGAAGAUUCCUUUUCCACAGAGAUUGGUGAAAGAAAAGAUGAAGGAGCGAAUGGAUAAAUUUGUAAGUCAUCUAAGAAAAUUGCAUAUUAAUAUUCCCUUUUUAGAUGCAAUUGUGCAAAUGCCAGGGUAUGCAAAAUGUUUGAAGCAAAUUUUGAUGAACAAGAAAAAGCUAGCCGAGGUGGAGACUACGGUGUUGGAAGAUUUUUGUUCAGCCGCAGUGGCGGGUAAGUUACCCGAGAAGCGUAAGGACCCAGGUAGCUUUACUAUUCCUUGUAAGAUUCGUGGCUUAACUGUGAGUAAAGCCUUGACAAAUUCAGGUGCAAGUAUUGAUUUAAUGCCUUCGUCUAUUUAUGCUAAACUGAACUUAGGAAAACCUAAACCCAUCAACAUGAAAAUUCAAUUAGCCGAUAAAUCUGUUAUAAGACCUAUGGGUAUUUUAGAAGACGUGUUGGUCAAAGUGGGUGGUUUGGUCUUUCCUGUGGACUUUGUCAUUAUUGAUGUGGAUGAAGCAUUAAACGUACCCCUUAUCCUAGGAAGACCAUUUCUUGCUACGGUCGAUGCUAACAUUGAGGUCGGUCGUGGUAAGUUUACAUUGAGAACGGGGGAUGAGUCGGUAGAAUUCUUGAACAUUUCUUCUUUUUCUUCACCUGAUGUGUUUAAUUCUGUUGAGACUACUUGUGUUAGUUCUAUUGAUUCUCAGAUUGAUGAAUGGUUAGACAAUAAGUUGGAGAAAAAGGGAAAUGAUGGGAAGACAACAAUCAUGGUUAACUCUCGGCCAACAAAUAGCCAAAGUACCAAGAUCCGUAAAUUGUACAAUCGUGUCAAAUCUAUGGUUUCUCAUUGUAAUGUGAAGUUGUCCGAAGAACUUUGUUCAAAUUUGUCAACCAAGGAGAAAGAGGAGUUGAUGUUGGAGGUGGAUGCUUUUGGUCGAGCAAAUGAUUGGAUUCGGACAAAGAUAAAAGAUGAUUGCUUCCCACCGAUUAAGGAUGGAACUCCCAACAACUUAAGUGUGGGGAGAGGGGUUAAAGAUCCCAACUUGGUAAAUCUUUGA